CACACAAACGAGGUCAACAGUGAAAGUUCGUGGCGAGAUAAAUGCGAAGCGUGUGCAGAGAGGCACACACUCAGUAAGUGUAAAAGAUUUUUAGACAUGGAUCAAGGAGAGAGGUGGCGUUUAGUUCGUCGAAGAAGACUCUGCUUUAAUUGUUUGAAAGGCAAUCACCGUAGCAGCGUUUGUCAUGAACAGCACGAGUGUGGUAAUGAGCAUUGCACAAAACGGUGGCAUAUCCUCCUUCACGAGCGUAGCGGAAGAGAACGUGUACGCGGGGUAUCGCACAGGCAACAAUCUUCACGGCAAGCAUCGAAUCACGUAGCACAGCAGCAGCAACAAGCCGUGCAGCUACAACCCGUUUCACCGGAGGGAAUACAACAAGUUUUUACGAACACUAUCCCGUCUAACAAAGCAUCGAAAUUGUUGUUUAAAAUUGUACCAGUUAUAUUGUAUGCCAAUUCGAGGGAAAUCAAAACUUAUGCGUUUUUCGACGAAGGGUCUGCUAUAUCACUAAUCAACCGUGCCUUAGCAACUCGCCUUGGGCUUAAGGGGUACAGCGAUAGUAUAACGUUGCAAUGGUUUGGCAGCACAACUGUCACUGAACCUUCUUGUAGGGUAGAUGUAGAGAUUUCCGGCAUUGAGCGAGGUAGCAAGAAGUUUAAUAUGCGAAACGUGCGUACGGUUUCAAAUCUCCAAUUGCCAAUGCAGUCGAUAAGCCUGUCGGACCUUCAUUAUAAGGAUCAACAUCUGCCACUACGCGAGUAUUCUGGCGCUGUGCCCGAACUCCUAAUAGGAUUGGACAAUGCGUAUCUUGGAGUACCACGACGAACGGCUCACGACGGUAGCAGAGGUUAUGCGGUGGUGCUGACAAAACUCGGAUGGGUAAUCUACGGAGCAGGGCGACGUCCAUUGAACCAGGCGCGUUAUCAUACAAUGUUUGCGCGAGUGAGUGAAGCGGGCGAAACUUCUCAGCUGGAGGACCUCAUCCAUGAUUACAUAAUCAACGAAAGCAUGGGCGUAGGUGUUGUGAAACAGGUGAUUGAAGCCGAAGAUAUUGUGAGGGCAAAGAAACUGUUGCAGGAGAAUACAAAGCGCAACGGAAACCAAUUUGAAACGUGUUUAUUGUGGAAGGAUGAUAACAUAGAGUUGCCGGCAAGUAGGGAGAUGGCAGAAAAGAGAUUUUACGCACUAGAGAGAAAAUUUAAACGCGACGACGAUUUGAAAAAAGCAUAUGCGACGAUUAUAGCAGGGUAUGUGGCGAAAGGGUACGCCAGUAAACUAAGUGAAGAGGAGGCAGCAGUUAAAGGCAAGCGUACCUGGUAUUUGCCUCAUUUCGCCGUGUAUAACCCGAAUAAGCCCGCGAAAAUCAGGUUAGUGUUUGACGCAGCAGCGGAGUCAGAAGGGGUGUCGUUGAACUCGGCACUGUUAAGUGGGCCAGAUUUAUUGCAGCCGCUGGGAACGGUGCUAAUGAAAUUUAGGCAAAAACAAAUCGGGGUUUGCGCCGACAUAGUGGAGAUGUUCCACCAGGUGAAGAUUCGAGAUGAAGACUUGUCGUCACAACGAUUUUUAUGGAGAUACGAUCCUGAGGCCCGCUUGGAUGAAUACGUAAUGAAUGUGAUGACCUUCGGAGCCACAUGCUCGCCGUGUUCAGCGCAGUUCGUAAAGAACAAAAACGCUGACGAUUUUGAGGAGUUCCCUGAAGCAGUGGCAGCCAUCAAAAAUAACCACUAUGUCGACGACUUUGUACAUUGUUUCUCUAGCGAAGAAGAUGCCCUGAGAAUAACGAGCCAGGUAAUUCGGAUCCAUAAAAAAGGUGGUUUUGAACUGAAAAGGUUCGUGUCUAACUCUGAGGUCAUUAGCAAUUUAAAUAAAGAACCCUUUUCCAUGCCUAUGUUGAACCUUGAUAGGGAAAACGCCCAGCUGUUUCAGAAGGUGCUCGGGAUGUCCUGGAAUACCGAGGAAGAUGCCUUAAAGUUUGUGCUGUCCUUUGGGAAGGUGAAUCGGGAUGUUUUUAACAAGGAAAGGAAACCAACAAAACGCGAGGUGCUCAGCGUAGCAAUGUCUGUCUUUGAUCCAUUUGGAAUAGCAGCGGAAUACUCCUUAGAAGCGAAACUAAUCCUGCAAGCGAUGUGGCGAGAGCGUAAAGGCUGGGACGAGAGAGUUUCAGAUGCGGUAUAUGAGAACUGGAGAAGGUGGCUUGAAGCGCUGCGGGAAUUGGAGAAGAUAACUGUACCCCGCUGCUACGGAGCGACAUUUAUGCUAAUACCAGUAGAACUGCACGUGUUUUCGGACGCAAGCGAGUCAGCAUAUGCAGCUGUAGCCUACUGGAGGCUUCAGGAUGAAUGCAGCAACACUCGAACGUGCUUCAUCGCUGGGAAGACCAAAUGUGCUCCUAUCAAACUCGUAUCCGUUCCUCGCCUUGAGCUGCAGUCGGCAGUGCUCGCUGCGCGCCUUAGACAAAAUGUUGUCAACAGCCAUGAUAAGGUCCCGGUCAAGGUAGUGAUGUGGUCGGACUCGAAAACCGUUCUAGCCUGGAUAAAAUCAGAUCACCGACGUUAUAAGCCUUAUGUAGCGCAUCGAGUCAACGAAAUCCUGGAAAAUAGCGAGUUAGACGAAUGGAGAUGGCUGCCGAGUGCCCUCAAUCCUGCGGACUUUGGGACACGCCCUAGAGAUCGUAAGCGCGAAUCUUUUUGGUUAACAGGACCGAAAUUCCUCAAAGAAGAAGAAAAAAACUGGCCACCGAACGUAGUAUGCGACGCUACCAAUGUGGAACUUCGAAAUAAAUUUACGUUUCUUUUAAUACAAAUUGAUACAAAUUUUUUAAAGAAAUUUUCAUGUUUUUUGAAACUUAAGAGAGUAGUCAGCUGGACACUGAGAUUUGUGAAAAACUGCCGUACCACGGAAGGAAUGCGAGCUUAUGGGAACUUAAAGGUAAACGAGCUUGAACGAGCUGAAAUGUGUAUCGUCCGAGCGGUGCAAAUGGAAGCCUUCCUGGAUGAAUAUCAUUCCCUGCAGGCAGGCGAUAAGAUAGAGAAGGGCAGCGCGCUUUGGAACCUGAGUCCCAUCAUGGACGAUAACGGCAUAAUGAGAAUUGGCGGUCGAAUAGACGCAGCAACCAUGGUUCCGACCUGGACGAGACGCCCCGCGAUCUUACCUAACAAAUGUCAUGUAACAGAAAUUAUAGUUGACUAUUUUCAUCGAAUUUGGAGACAUCAGAAUGAGUCGACGAUAAUCGCCGAAAUUCGUCGUAAGUAUUGGAUGCCGCGCAUAAGAACGGAAGUACGUCGCGCCGCUGCGAGAUGUCAAGUAUGCCUCAAGGAGAAAGCCGUUCCUCGACCGCCACAGAUGGGACAACUACCAGCAGACCGGCUUACACCAUUUGUUAGGCCUUUUACCUACACAGGAUUAGAUUACAUGGGCCCGUUUACGAUAACCAUCGGUCGGCGUAGCGAAAAGCGCUGGAUCGCUUUAUUCACUUGCCUUACUACACGGGCGAUACACUUGGAAUUGGCGAAGGACUUGACUACUGAUACUUGCCUGAUGUGUUUGAGAAAUUUUAUGUGCCGACGUGGUAUUCCUGUGCGUAUUCGGUCGGAUAAUGGUACGAACUUUGUCGGCGCUGACAGAGAAUUGAAGCGACAAUUGAAGGAGUUUAAUGACGGUAAGAUAGCCGAUGCACUUGUAAACAAGAAUGUAGAGUGGGUAUUCAACUGUCCCUCAAAUCCCCACGCUGGUGGCUGCUGGGAGCGUCUAGUGCGGAGCGUUAAGCGAGCUAUGGGGCACGCACUAUAUAAUGAAAACCUACAUGAGCACAGCCUUUACCAUCUCAUGUGCGAGGCGGAAAACAUCGUAAAUUCGAGGCCUCUGACUCACAUCCCGUUGGACACCGCCACUGACGAACCUCUAACCCCAAACCAUUUUCUUAUAGGUACACCAAACUCCGAGCAAACACCGCACCCGCAGGAAGAGAAGUUCCAGGCCACACGUAAGCAAUGGCGAAAAGUUCAACAAACGCAGUAUCGAUUUUGGAAGAAGUGGGUUAACGAAUACCUGCCUGACCUCGUCCGAAGAACCAAAUGGUACCAACCGGUAGAGCUCCUAGCAGUAGGAGACCUCGUACUCGUAUGCGACAGUAGCCAGCAUCGAUCCAGAUGGCUCAUGGGACGCCUGGUGAAGGUAUUCCCGGGAAAAGAUGGUCAAGUGAGAUCUGCAGAAGUCCAGACGAAGACGGGCACAUUUAAGCGGCCGGCCUGCAUCUUAGCUAAGCUGGAGUUGGGUAAAUCUGGUUAGAUUUACGGGGGAGGGGCUGUUAGCGCAGUUACUUGCUUGUUCAUUUGAAUGUAUUAGUCUAUUUGUACCUUAAUGUUGUUAGAGUAGUCACUUGCUUGUUCAAGCGAGCCAAUCCUCUGAAUGUACCAUAAUGUAAUGUAACGAUUGUUAUCGAUUCUAAUUUUGUAAAAACGACCACAUCACUAAUGAAAAACUCAUUCGUGAUCUGGAGUUUUAAGCGGAGGAAGCACACAAAAGUGAAAUAAAGCAUCACGCCUUGUAAAGCGUUUUUCUCAGCAAGGCUAGCUCUUAUUUUUUCGUUCCUCGCCAGAUCACGUUUCAACAGCGUA